GAGAGUCAUGGAGAAGUGGCCCACUCUGUCUCUGCAACCAUCUGUCUAGAAUCCCUCCCUGCAGGCUGUGCUGCAGUGUGGUCCUUAUACCUUCUGUCCUUACCUACUCUGAGGGAGAGGGCAGCGUCCAUGUCUGCUUGGCUUUUUUUACUCAACACCUUAUGUGAUGGUGGCCUUAACUCUGCAGUCAGACCCAUCUGGGCACUCCCAGCUCAGUCCCUGCUGCAGACAGACCAUGUUCUUGUGACUCUGAGGAACACAACUUACAGAUCCCAGGCCAUGCCUCCUGGAAGAGUUUCUGUGACCUCAGCUGGACAGGUGGACCAGCAUCGUUCCACAAGACCUCUGACAUCCCAACGGCAGCUGGCAGGAGCAAACAUCUGAGUCCCUCACGGGGUGGUCCUCCCAGCCGGGGCUGUCCACCCACUUCCACCCCAGAAAGCUGCUCAUGCCUGAGAAUGGAGCUCACACAGGCAGGUGUGCAAGCUGCCCCAGUCUCUACCAGGACAAGAAUUCCUUGUCGCUAGUGUAGACAUUGCUAUCCAAGUCCCCAUUAGGAACAAAUCUGGUUAAGAGCCACAGUGCUCAGGGAACCCCAGAGCUGCAUGGUACCGCAGAUAACAGUUCUCCUCUUUCCAGAUCUGGGUCCAGUGAGGCACAGUCUCAGGGCUCUUGUCUUGGAUUAACACUUGUGUGGUUUCCAGAGGAGCAGAGCUGCCGAGUCAAUCUCCAAGGCCAAUGCUGCAUUCUUCUGUAGACAGGAAGGCAUGUGGAAUUUUCCAUGACCCUCCUCCCAGAUCCACUAGGAGGAUGAGGUCCAUAGCCCUCCCUGUGAAGUUCACAAAUAUAAGGUUCUGCUUCUGUAUGCCAGUGGCAUGUGAUCCAAGCAGGACAGAGAAUCUGAGGAGUCAGGGCUGUUCUGUCACUCCUUCUGUCUAUGGGGGCUAAGCAAGGAGUCCUGAGCUGGGGUCGGAUGGCCAGCUGAGCUGAGAACUGGGGGCUCCAGCUUUAAAGCAGAGGGUGCCCCUAAGGUUGUCAGGUCCUCUUCACUUUGUGUCUCUUGAUAGCCACAGGGAAGUUUUCACUCAAGUGCCCUUGCUGAACACAGUGUAGAGCCCCACCCAACCAUGCGCUGUGUAGGAGGCGGGGCCUGUGUCCCAGCUCAGCUUUUCACCCAGCCUGAGACUCUCCCAGUAGCUUCCUACCCUGGCUAGGCAUGCUCUGGCAUGCGUGAGGGUCCUAGAUCAAGUCCUUGUUCCUUGGAACGUUUUUUGCCUGCUUCCCCCUUGUCUUUCUUCCCAAAGGUCAGGGUUCUAUGGCCCUGUUUUCCUUGGAUUCCUUAGCCAGGUUUCUACCAGGAGUCCCUCUACCUCAGCACUCCCAGCACCAUAGGAACGGGUUGCUUUUUUAUUUCUCAUAUUUAACCUCAGCCUGGUCAGGGACUCCCAUCAUAGAGCAGGAAACCCCAAACCAAUAUGUGUCUUCUUCCUCUUUUAAAUUGUCUAAAAACUCCUAGGUGUUUCUGCAGACCCGAGCCCAUGUGUCCAGAGCCCUACUCUGACAGAAGCUGCUGGGUCUCCCGGCCCGAAUCUGCCCCUGUCUCCCUCCCUGGCCCUUCAACUCAGGGCUGAUGUUUCAAGACAGGUGCUCCAGUUAUGGCCUGUGUCCUUUCUGUGGCCACUGCUCCAUGUCUCCUAAGGCUUUGGGCCCUGUCCUUACAGUCACUCUCUUGAGUCUUUUCCCUCAAGGAAAACAAGGCUACAGGCCCAGCCCUCUACCCGACAGCCACUUCUCUUUCAAUCUCCCCAGCUCCACUACCUUCUCCCCCUAAGUCUUAGUGAUCCACCAAGAAGAGCUAGCUGUCAUGUACCUGUGUGGGCAAGGAGGGCUGUUUCUCAGGAACCCGUCUCUUAUUCUCUGCUGCCUUCAGCUAGCAUCCAUCUUCCCACAGCACGUGGCAUCGUGUGGCCACUGUUUCUGGGACUCACAUGCCAGGUACUGGGGGGAAUCCUCCCCAUGGUGAGGGAAUGAACUGUUUACGGUGUGCGGUGUCAUUUUGCAAGAUGCUGGACUGUUGCCCUGUAGCCUGCAGCAGCUAGCUAAGCAACAAGGCUGAUCACAGCCCAGACAGCUGAGAGCUUGGUCCGGGAAGCAUUACUAUACCUGUCACAUCCAGCCGGUGUUUACUGUUGAGGACGUGGUGGGCUCUCUGAGCAGGCUGUGUGAAUCCACUCAUGUGUUCCCUCACUGGAUGCAGAUGCCUGUACUUACACAGUAUCUGGAGAUCCUUUUAUAAGAUGCUCAGUACUUCGUCCAGAUUCAUACCCAAGACAGGAUUCAAACAACCCAAGGACUCAGGCCCACACCCGGGAUUUGAGUUGAUCUUCCUGUCCCUUAAGGCCAGUGUUCCACAUUGCCAAUUCUGCCUGUCUGUCCCACUCUGCUACAGCCUUUACCACCCCCCCACCCCUCCCCAGACAUUGGGAGCCCAGAAGGCCUCUUUGCAAAGGUAGAAAAGACAGCCACUGGGUCCAUUGUUGAAAAGCAUGAAGCCAGUGUGAGAUGUCCUAAACAGCGCAGAGGGGAGCAGACAGGAUGCUCAGGACAGGGUACAUAUGGCUUCCAGCCAAACCCCAUUGGGCCCCAAGACCAGGGAUGCUCCUUUCCAAGAAUGGCUCACCCCAAGUUCACCCACUAGCUGGGCAACCUCCUGGCUUCAUUAAGUGGAUUUAUAUAAAGGGUUAAAAUAAAUGCCUAUCUUUUUGGCAAGAAGCCGUUGUAUGAGAAAGGCUGGGAGAUGGCAAGGGGUUGAAUGCACAGAGGUGAGGGAAGGGUAAAUACGGUUUCCUUUGGGGGCCCCGGGGGCAUUAUGUCACAGACGAACACAGCUGAGCUCUGAGAAAACACGCUAAGAAAUGAGAGCGGAAACCUCUCUCAUUGUUUUCUGGGGAAACAAAGUCUGUUAUUUUCAUUCUUCUGUCCCUUUACCUCUCUGCCUAGUCCUGGCCCCUGGUGUGGUUGGUGGCCUCAGCUCUUUCCCUCUAUAAACCCAUUGAUGUCACCUUGGACCAGCCACCUCCUGGUCUCUUAAUGACUGUGACUGCCCUGUGCUCGAAGUGAAAUGCCCAAGAACCCUGAGCACCUGUGUGAGCAUGACCCCCUCUGUAUGCCAUGUGGCCAGUGACUUCUACCCUAUUGACUGUGAUGUGAGGUGUGCUUUCACUCCAGGGAUCUCUGCCUAUGCCUGCCUGCUGCUCCCUGCCAUUCCUGCUUUUUUAUCCUCUGGAUCCCUUCCCCAACCCUGAGCUCCCAGGGACUUGUCUGCUGCCCAGAGACCAGUUCCCUUCCAUACUUGACCUCACAGCUCCUGGGCUAGCACAUGCACUGUCAGGUGUGGGGUCAGACCUGGCUGUUCCUUCCCAUCUGUAGGGCUUGGAAAGCUCUUCUACCUUCUGGGGUCUCCGUUUUACCAUCUCUAAAAUGGUCAUGAUGAUGCCCACCUCAUAGGGUCACCAGGACAACUGUACUAGGACAUUUCACCAGACAAUCCAAAGGCAUGGUUGCCACCUGGAAAUUUCCAGAAAAUCCACGUUGCAGACUCAUUCCAUUUUUCUUAACUCUGGGCCAAUGAAAUGUCCUGGGGAUGGAGCCGACAGCCCAGGAACAGAUGGCGGAGAAAAGCUUCAGCUAUGCCAUCAGAGCUCCCAGCAGCGAUGGCUUUGACGUGAUGAACGUGGACGUGAAGAUUGACACAUGCUGGGUGUUCCGGGAUGUGGAGGAGAGUGACCAGGAGCAGGGAUGCCUUUCAGAAGUAGCCAGCAGCCCAGACUUGGACACGGGGCUGCUCAGGGAGCGGCUGGAAUCCUCGGAGCGGAAACUGUUGGCAGCUGUGGACAAACAUGUGAUGUCAGAGUCAGGGCUGAGGAGCAGAGUUCAGGAGCUGGAGCUGUCAGAGAAGAAGCUUCUUCUGAAGAUAGAACAGCUGAGUGCCUGCGUGGCCCAGGAAAGAAGAGCCUCACUCUAUGCCCAGGAGCAGCUACAGGCACUGCAGGGGGAACUGGUCAUCCGGGUGCGGGAGGCGGAGAGCGCCGCCAGACGGCAGCAGCGGCUGCAGGAGCGGCUGAGGCUCAAGGACGAGGCGCUGGCACAGCAGGCAGCAGCCCUGGAGCGCUGUGGGCGGGCCCAGCGACUGCAGCUGGGCCUGGUGCGGGAUCAGGAGCGCGUUCUGCGGGCACAGGUGCAGCGGCUGGAGCGCGACGUGCGGCGCCUGGGUCGCGCCGCGGGUUUCCUGCUGGCACAGCUGAAUGCUGCAGUGUUGCCCAGUGAGGGCAGCCCCAGGCCGCAACCCCCGGCCGGUCCUCUAAGCUCCCCCGAGGCCACAGAGUUCAGCGCACUGAGGACCAGGGCGGAGCGCGCAGAGCGGGAGUGGGCGGAGGCGGUGCGCAGGCUGCAGGAGCACAGCGUCACCGAGCGGCAGCUGCGGGAGCAGCUGGAGGAACUGCGCUGCUGCGUGUACGGGCUGACUCUGUCGGAGAUUGGCUUGCACAGCCAGGUGGAGGAGCUUGCCCACCAAAAUAUGCACCUGCGGGCCCAGCUGGGGCAUGGUACCCCGGGUGCCUCGGGUUGUGCACAGAGUGAUUCUCUGCUCCCACCCAUGGCAGAGGUGCUGGAUCCCUGCAGCAGCCAAGGCUGCCACAGUGAUGCUCAUGGACUUCAAGCCCCAGCAGACCAGCUCUCAGAAGAGCCCCACAGCUGUGUUCAAGAUCAACCGGACCCCUGCAUGGUGUUGCCAGCAAAUACCACAGGCAAGCUCCAGGGAGACCUUCCAGGGGCUGAGCAUAGACAGGGUGCUCUCUUCCAGCCCCACCCAGAUGGACAGAUUCUUCAGCUGCUAUGUAACUGCCCCCCAGGGCCAGGCAUGAAUGAGCCACUCUGCUCCUUGGACCUGGCAGGAGUUUCAGAGAAUCUUCAAGCCGCUGGAGUCCAGAAAUCCCUUCUGCUGUUAUCCACAUCCCUGCUCCCGCUCUGGGGACCUGCUGGGGAACCACAGCUCCUACUGCCAUUUUUGCUCCAGGAGCAUUCCGUACAAGAACUUCAGACCCAAGAAGAGCUGAACAGCCGGCCCCCACCUUUCUCUGGGGGUUUGGCACACCCUGACUGGCCUUGGAAUCUGUCGAGGAGUCAUCUCACCUCUCAUAGCCAGCAGUCUCCACUGGUUUCAGAUGGCCCAUUUCCCACAAAAGAACCCAAGGGGCUGAGAGAUGCGUGGAUGGACAGAAGUGAGCCUCCGCUUGCCAGAGCAGAGAAAUGGGAGGUGCUGGGAACUUUGGGAAUGAUAAAUUCAGAGCUUGAUCACAAGUCCCCACUGGACCAGGAAAGCAGUGAGGAGCUGAUCUUGGUCACUGGGAUCCAAGCCCCAGAGGACAUGCAGGAAGGGAGCAGGGCUUCAGAGACCCAGGCCAUAGCCCACUGUCCUAGGCUCCAGCCGGAAUGUCUAAUCCUGACUCUGCAUGGGGCAACCUCUAGGUCACAGGAGGGUCCUGAUCCCUUGAGAAAGAAAGGGAGAGUGGAAGGAUGUGACUGGGAACUCUUGGGAAAGCUGUCACCAGAGAAGGAGGAAGAGGCUACCAGCUCCAGGGUCCAUGAGACCAGAAAGCCAGAGCCAAAUGGCAGCCAGCUUCCAGCAGGAAAGGGCAAAGAGGUCUGGAGGAGGGCACAGGACCCGCAGAGCCCCCAGCUGUGCCUUGGAGUCACUCAGCUCCUGCAGAAGGAGAGGUCUGGGGGGGAUGAAGAGCAAGAGGAGAAGAUGCAGCUCCGAGUAGCACCCAGGCCAGCUUCUUUGGGAGUCUGUAAGCAGCCUGACAUUAAGACCUAUGUGGGUCAGGAACAGUGCCUGCCAAUGGGCGAUCAGCAUUUGCCGAAGUUUCCCAACUGGGCCCCAGCAGGUGGCAGCAGAGAAGGUUCUUGUCCCUCACAGGCUCUGAUCACAGGACAGGACAGGCUCACCCUCCAGAUGGACACACUGGAGAGGGAGGUGGAGGCCCGCUUCCAGCAGCCAAACAACCUGAAGCUUGUCUGUGGAGACCCUCAGCAGAUGUCAACAUUGACAGGAGAGAGCCAGAGUGUCACUCACACAUGGUUGGGCACUGAGGGGAGUGUGUGUCAUCAGCAGGCCUCAGCCAGCCAGGAUCUGAAUGCAAAAUCCAGCAGGAAUGGUGAGGGAGUGCGGCUGGAAGAGGAUGUGCCCCUAUGUGCUAGAGAAGGUCUUCCAGGAGCAACACCUGAUGAGGAUAAAGCCAACCAGGGCCCAGGUGCGAGCCUGCUGCCUCCAAAAAGGUGUACCCAGAAGGCAGGGAGCAGGUUCCAUCAGCUGCUUGCCACCCCAAAGAAAGAGAGAAGUCAGAUUUUGCUUGAUAAUGCCAGGUUUCAGGGAGCCCAAGAAGGAUGUGACCAUGAAGGAUUACAUUGUGAAAAAGAGCGGGCCAGAGAAGUAGUAGCCAAGGCACGAAGGCUGGAGCAGGCAAAUCACACGCUGCAGGGAGAGCUGGCCCGCCUCAGGCAGGAGCUGGACCACUGUCUGCAGGCUGUGUCUGACCUAGAGGACUGUAAUGGGAAGAGUUACUGCAAGAUUUCCCAGCUGGAAGAGGAGAAUGAGAAGCUGAAGGAGGACCUGGGUCGGCUGCAUAAAGCCAUGUCUGAGAGUGUCAGGAAAGCCGGAAGCAGGAUGAAGCAUGUCACCCUGGAAAACAGAGAGCUCAGGGCCCUGAUCUCAGAGCUUGGAGUCGGUUACAAAGGGCUGAUGAAAGAUACAGUGCUAGGGAUAGAAGACAUGGUCUGGGCUCUGCAGGGGGAAAACAAACACCUGGUAGGCAGGGUCCAAGGCCUGGAGCGGAAGGUCCUGCAAAUGAGCAGGGGUUCAGGGGAAGAAAGGUCGAGUUCCCAGGGGAACUCCAAGAUGGCAGAAGACAAGGGACACGCUGAAGACAAAGAGGUCCAGGUUACUCUAUUUUCAGAACAACUGAUCACAAGAGCCUGUGGACCACUGUGGGAUGAGAAAUCGGGUGUCACUUGGGGGCAGGCAGGACCUUUCUUAGAUUUAGAAGGUUCCAGAUGCAGGGCUGUUGCUAGCUCUGCCUCAUCAGUUUGUGCAGUCACUGUAGGACCUCAGGAAGCACACACCAACGGUGCAAGGGGAGACGGAGCUCAGCUGGCGAAAGAACAGGAGAUGCCAUGGUGUUCCAUACAACAAGGACAGCCUCAGAGGUCCCUGAGCCACAGCCUCCAGCUCCAGACCUCCAAGGCCGCUGCCUCUGAGGAAGACCCAAAACUGUGCAUACAGCGGCUCCACCACCAGGUGCGGACUCUACAGUGCCAGCUCAGGGACCAGGGCUGGGCCCUGCGGGAGAUGCAGGCAGCUCGGGAUGAGGCUGUGUGUCUCCAUGAUAAGCUCAAGGGCAAGCUUGAGGAGCUUCGGGAACAGCAGCAUGAAGAGCGCCUAGCCACGAGUCCUCUAAAGGCCAAGCUGGCUUCCUUGGUCCACAAAUGUCAGGAGAGGAACCGCCUAAUUGAGCAACUACUGCAGGAGCUGCCGAGACAAGAGCCCAAGAACCGCCUUCUCUCUGAGCUGGCACAGAACAUGCUUGAUGAUGUGGCCCUGGCUGAGUACACUGCCACCUUCCUGACCCCAGGAGCUCCAGAGACAGUCUGCCACCUGGAUGUGGGCUCCAAAGGGACGACAGCCAGAAAAGGAGCUCAGGAGUACCUGCUUAAUUCUGAAACGGACAGUAUCCUUCAAAACCUGUGGGGUGUGGAGUCCUGGUCCCUUCCAGGGGCUGAGUGGGCUGAGUGGGCAUCGCAGACAGCUCUGCCCAGUUCUCCAAAGGAAAGAAGACAGCACCGUUAGGCACAUCAUGCCGGCAAAGAUGAAUGGCUAUCCCAGAUGAAUGGAGCAGAGGUGGCCCUGUGAUUUAUGGUCCUUUCAAGAGCUGCGUUACAAGCCACAACACCACCCCCUACCCCAGUCAUCACGAGGGGAUGUUUCUGUCUGCACAAGACCAGUGAGAGCCCCAGAAUUGGCAUGGAGCAAUGACAGGAUCCUGGGAUUUGGAGUUCCCAGGCUGCCUGUGUCACUUGCACAGAUGACUUAACUUUUUGAAUGUCUCCAUCUUAGACUGUUUGGGAGUCUUUCUGUCUGACAGCCAUGUAUGAUGGUACCAUAGCUAGCAAGUUAUUCUGACAUUUUGGGUGGUGGCUCAUGUUUCUGAGCAUGUUGGUAUUUGUGAACUGUCUCCUGCUCCCCCUCCCUGCUACACCCCAUCGAAGCACACACAGUAUCACUGAUGUCUCUUCUGCCUGCAGUGGGUGACAAAGCCUGAAGGGGAUGGUUUUACAUUGACCAUGGUGAUGAUCAGGACAUCACGGAGGUUCUAUAGAGUCCCAGGCUGAAUGGUGGUCUCACCUGUACUGGGAAUUGUCUAGAGAGAGCCCCCCAGCUAUCAUCAGGUUCUCAAAGGAAACAGACAUAGUGUCAAGCAGUGCUAGGGAGAGAACUCUACAGGGAAUCCAGACAUCUUACUGCUCCUGCCUUGCUGGUGACCCUUGGGCUAUUCCUUGACCCUUAAGGGCCUUGGGUCCUCUCUUGUGUGUAGAUGCACUCAUGCUUUCUGGUUCACUGGCAGCUGUGACACUUCCCAGUCCACAGUCCAUCCUGGCAUCAUGAGCUCCUAUUGCUGGUUUCUCCAGAGGAGCAGGCCCUGGAUCUUGAGAAGGCUCCAGGUAGUCUCACUGCUUCCUGAAGGAGAGAAGUGAGCUGCUUAUACAAACAUGAGGCACUUCUAACAACUGUGUCCUCUACUUGCCCCCUAAGUCGUCACAGCAUCCCAAGCAAGCAACCCAUACCAAUGACUUGUCCCAUUUUUGUGUUCUUAUGCAGGAACUUAGCUUCCUUAAAGGGGUGGGACAUUGCCCUUUAAGAUGAAGGGUGAUGGGACUGGCUGGUUUUGGCAUAUGGGUAUCCAACAGGACCACUUGAGACCUAAGCACCCUCAGAAGAUACUGGAAAACCAAGAUUCUUCAUGGAUAAUCCUGCAGGAGUAGGCUUCCUAGCCUUGCUGAUGGUGUCCAAGAAGAUGGUAGAUGUGUAGAUUCUCAUCAGGGAUAUCUUUGGUUUGGGAAGAACCUGGGCCUUUGUCAGUGAGGGAGGAAUGAUAGACAGGUUCCAUAACCUAUGUGCUCAAGCAUACAGAAUCUAGCCCAUAGCAGACACACAGGCUACCCUUGGAGGGUCUGGCAAAACAAACCUGUCUUUGUGACUUGUGGUUUUGAUUAGGCAGAAGGUACAGAGUAUAAACGUAGUGUCCUGACCAUCUCAACCAUCCAGUUCUCUGCAUUGAGCACAUCCACACACUCAGUGUCUGCAGCCAUCACCUCUACCAUCUCCAGAGCUCCUUUGUCUUCUCAACUGAAACCCUAUGUCCAUUACACACUAGCUCCUCUUCCACUUUGUCCAGACCCUGAGAAGCCCCGACUCCAUGUCUCUCUUGUCUGAUUGCUCUGGAGACCUCAUAUAACAUGCGGCCUGUGACUAGCUUCUUGGGUUCCAUAUGACAUCUUCAGAGUCUAUCCAUGCUAAAUUAUGCAUCAGAAUGCUCUUUUAUAAAGCCAAUACUGCGUGUAUUGGCUACAUUGUUUGUCCUAUCACCCAGCAGUGACACUUGGAUCUCUGCUAGCUUUUGAAUGUGGUGGUGAAUGAUGUUGCUAUGAAGGUGAGCACACAAAUUUGCUGAACACACACACACACACACACACACACACACACACACACUUAAAACCUAAGGCAUUUCCUAGAAAGUUAGGGCAUUUGGGCUCUCCAGCAGAUUGUGGGAUCUGGCCACUUUUCUCCCCCAACCCCUUGUCUUCUUGGCCACCUUGGGAGCUGUGUGAGAUUGCUCUGCUGUUUUCCAGGGGCAAGCACCUGUCCUGGUGCCUCUGGAAUAGGCUGUUUUCCUUAACCCACUCCAAAGGCCAGCUGGCCUCCACCUUACUGUGAUUUGGUGACACUCUCUCAGCAUUGUACUGUGGCUGUGGAGAUAUUCAAAAGGGUCAGAGCCUCAGUGUAUGCCCCAGGUGGGGAGUGAUGCCACCAUGCUCCCUGGGACAGACUGAACGCUAUACUGCCCACUGCCCCCCCCAGGGAGAAGCCCUGAGUUACCUGAGUCUCAGUUUUGUCUCGUGGAGGACCAUUGGAGAAAGAGUCCUUUCUCUGGCAUCCCAGAAGAGCAACAACAGAGAAUGGAGUGUUCAGUGACUGGAGUGCACUUGGAAAGUGCUAAUAGCAGCUCAGGCCAAGCCUGGAGGCUGAGUGUGCAUGGAGGGGACUCCUUCCCUGGGCUGUAAAGUGGAAAAGGAGGCUUGUACACCCUAGGGCUAUUCCCAGGACCCAGGAGGCCUGUGGGAAAUGAACUUGGCAUAUACCAUGUACUCCAUAAUUGUUGCUUUCCAGUCAGUGGGGCCUCUCAAUCACUUUCCCCAGAAGAGCCAUAAAAUCUAGGGAGCACCCUGGCUUUGGAUUUGCCUGCCUGAUUUCAAACCAGCCUCUAGUGGGCAUAUUCCUAGUCAUCUGCAUAAUCCUCCCAGUACCAGGAGGAUAGAAUUAGAAGAUACUGGGAUUCAUAAUUCAAGAUCAGCAAAGCCUGUGCAGGGUUGCAUAGUGAGACCCUCUCUCUACAGUUCUCCAGAUAGUUCUUCCACCAGCAGAAGGGCACAGGUGGCCUUCUAGUUCCUAUUGGCUCAUUCUAGAAUUUGACUUAUUGUUUUCCAGAUUUGUUUAUUCAUUCCACCAAUAGCAUUGACUAAGAGACAGGCUAACCCAUGGGUUCCUGCAGCAGGAGUCCACUGUGGCCAGCUGUCAGUGGCUCUGUGGAAUUCUCCUUUUGAAUAGUUUCUCUCCCUGGCUUUGCCUUCAAGGUACAUCCACAGCUGGAUGGGGACUUCUUGUCUUCCUGGACCAAGUUCUAGGUGCUCUGCUUGUCCUAGUGUCCCACUGGUCUCUCUUCCCAUUCAACACUGAUGCUGUUACUUCCUCCUUUCCAAAGCCUGGAUGGAGACAUAUGAAGCACCCCUAACUCAAGGCAUCCUUGAACCACACAUGGGAGAUCCUUUGAGAUCAGACAUGGACCCAGCGGAACCCAGCUUCUUCUCCUUUGGUCUUUGCAUGAGAUGGGACACAGAUGGAAAAGCCUUUUGUCAAUUUACAUUUUGUGGAAAUAGACCAGAUUGGUGCUGCUUGACUUUCAUGUGCUAGCUAGAAGACAGAGACCACCUGGCAUAGAAGGGACAAAAGGAUUUAAAGCCAGAGCAUCAAGGCUGCAGUGAGCAGUCUGAAGCUCUGACACAGGAGACACCCCCUACUCUACUUCCAAUCUGGGUCCUAACACCUGCACCCGCACCAGCAUCUGCCUGGGGGCACCAGUAAACAGACUGGGUAGGGAAGCACUUUGCAGACUUGAGCACAAUACAGACAUUAUGCUGAGGUCAUUACUUUGGUAUGCAUUCAUGGUGUACCUACUGUGUGCCUUGUGAACAAUAUGAACUGUCUGCCUUGAGAUGAUUUGGAAAAUGUCCCUGGACUGAGAAGGAUUGCCUGUCAGAUGGCUGUACUACACAUUCAUAGAUCAUGACUAACAACAGCCAGAGAGUUGGCAUGGCAACGUUUUCCCCUGAACUGCGAGGCAGUAUGCUUAAAAUAGGUACACUGGAGGUGUGGCAGCAGCCGAGACGGAUAGUUCUGCAGCCUGAAAUGGGUGGUUAGCUCAAGGCGGCCAUGUCCUUGUCCUUCCCCAGCAGGUCAGCAGUGCAGGGACUGAGAGGGUACACCCAGGAGCAUCCACUGUGGAAGCUGGAGAAAGACUAGGACUCACUAUGUACACCCUUCCUUCCUGAAGCCAAGAGAACUUAAAGUGGGACAUCCUUGGCCAAAGGGCCCCAGAUGGGACUGAGCCUGGUUCUGAUCUCUUGUGGAUUACUGCCCAGCAGUUCCAUAGUGCAGCUGAUUCUGACUGAGGCUGCAGUUCAUUUUCUGGUGGGUUUCAAUGUGAAUGGCAUCAUUUAACACAGAGUCUGAGUUUGAGUCCUCCUUCCCUGUGGAAUUCAUGUGUGGGGUCCUCCUUGCCAAUCCUAGAGUCCUGAAAUGGCUUGGGACUCUUACUUUAUGUCUGGACUUUUAUUACUGAGGUUUGAAUCAGCUUUUUACUACUUUCUCAAUGUUCAGACCAGCAGAACUGAUGAGAAGUUCAUGAAUCAUGGUGUUGAAGAUGCAGCUCUGCUGGUAUAGUACUUGGCUAGUGUCUGUGAGGCCCUGGAUCCCAUCUCCAGCACCAUGUACACUGGCUGUGCUGGUGAACUACUGUGAUCCUAACAUUCUGGAGGAUGGGGCAGGAGGAUCAGAAGUUCAACUUACCUUCAGCUACAUAGCAAGUUUGAGGCCAGCCUGAGAUACACAGAUAUUCAAAAACAAAACAAAACAAACCAUGAAUUGAAUUGAGCAGGGUGUGUUGUUACAUGCCUGUAAUCCUAGCACCUAGCACUUGGUAGAAGAUAGGACGAUCCAGAGUUCAAGGCUAACAUGGGCUAUGUGAAACUGUCUUAUCAAAAUGUUCAUGAAGCAAUCUGUGAUGAGUGAGUCUGUUUCCUCAUCACUGCAGAGGAUGGGGGCCCCACACUCCCUUUGCUCAGCAGAUGAUUGAGUGAGGUUUAUAACUUUAGAGGUUGUUUCUCUUGGAAGCUCUGAGCUGCUUGAAAGAGAUUCAUGGCUCUUGUUCAUUUCCAAGGGGAGGGUCUGGAAAGUGAAACUUUGCUUCUUUCCUACUUUGCUUCUUCAUUCCAUCCUUCCUUCCUCUUUCCCCCCUCUCUCUUUCCUUUUGUGUGUGGCUGAGGUGGGUUGAGACAGUCUCAUGGCUGUAUGUAGUUCAGACUGGUUUUGAACUCCUGAUUCCUCUGCUUCUGCCUCCCAAGUACUAGGAUUACUGACAUGCACCACCCCUGGCUUAGAAAGUGAAACUUUUCAAGGCCUCGACUUGUGAGAACAGCACACUGACAUCUUUCAGAUGCUCCAUGUGUUCUCCUUGCUGAGACAGUGGGGGCUGGGCUCUCCUGCAGAGGCUGUCCUGGGUGGGGCCUGGGCAGGGAUGCAGCUGAGGAGAUAACCAUCCAGUUUCAGACUAUUGUAUUUAAGUUUACUCUCCUCUGGGAAAGAACUGUGCAGGUAGCAAGUUCCUACCUUUGGAAUAUUUCUGAUCCCAAGACAGUUUGGUAACUUGGUUGUUGGGGCUCUUUUGAGCCUCAGUGUGUCUUGUGAAGUCAGAGUACACAGUGAGAGAUGGCUUUCAGUUCCCUGUGACAAAUCCUAACGAUGGGGCCUCGGUGACCAAUAAUUGCAAAAUGACCUGAAAAUCCAGGGAAUAAAUGUACCUCUGGCAAAUCUGCCAAUUGCUCAAUACACAGCAGUGGAUUUUUCUUCUUCAUUGGUGGCACUGACCAAAUGUACCCCUGCUCAUCUUUGGCAUAAAUAAUUUGAGAUUCUCUGGUGCCUUAUAGAAGCAGAGAAGGGAAAACCCCAGAGGUUUGCUGACACAUUUAGCUCCCUUCUCCUUGUAAUGGAAAGUUCUAGAAAAAGUUCAUUCGUACCUUGGACCCAAAGCCAUUUGGACUCAGUCAGUGUUUCUUUGUUUCAUCUAAUCUUCACUCAUGCUCUGAUUUCUUAAAUCAGAUUGUGGGUCUGGCUGCCCCACAUUCUGACUUUGGCAUCAUGGAAAUACUGAACCAAGACACAAGAAUAAGGAUUUCUUCAAAAGCAUGAUUUGGUGGUUAUUUCUAUGGCAAAGGGUGGCCUGAUGGUGUCUUUUAUAUGAUGAGCAAAAGGGAAGCAAAGAGUGGAUGAGAUGUCAAACAUGGCUGAAAACUUGAUUUCACUUCCGCAUCACUUUGAUUUCCAAAUGCAGUAAUGUAAUGCAGCGUUUGUAAAUGUGGCCCUGGAAGUGGUGGGGGAACUGGAAGCCUGGUCAAGUAUAAUUCUUACUUAGAGUCUCCACUGGGGCAAGUCCAAGGCCAGCAGGGGUGGGAGGGUAAGUGAGAGGCCAGAUGCACACCUUGGGCUUGAACUCUGGCAGGGCCGCCAACCAGCUAUGCAAGCUCAGACUGGCUCUCUCAGCCUCUCCAGGGCAAUAGUGAGAGGCUGUGAGGGUUAGUACGAGCUUCUGAAAACACACAAGGAAUGUUGAGGAACGCCAGGGACUCUCCUGAAAGCAAGCUGCAUGCCGACAUUGAGCAAGGCAGAGCACAGGCUGCCCUCUUGAGUUGGGGUCUAAUGCUUCUGUUUCCCCCAACCAGCUUUUCAGUGAGGGGAGGGUGUAGGAAUCACUGUCUGGGGUGCUGAAGAGAGUACCUGACUUUCUCAGUCCUUUGGGGUGGGAACUGGGAGGGAGCAGAAAUCACAGGACUGCUGGGAAGCACAAAUUCACUUGAGCACUUGAACAAUGUUCCAACCAGGUCGAGGGUGCACAACAACCUUGCAGCCCACUGCUGGGAUCGAAAAGGACUCUCCCACAGCCGUGUUACCAAACCCAAGGUCAAAACUGUGGCAGGCCCACCACGUCCCUCUCCCAGUGAGCCACUCUGGUCCACAGGGGCCUGGCCCAGUGACAUGUGGAGCCCUCUCCUGUUGGGUGCUAUCCAGCAGGACCUUCACUGAGUGAUUAGCAGUGGCUGUCCCAUAGCAGCCUGCCUCAGCGUGGUGAGCAGAGUGAUUGCUGUUUGUCAACCCUUCUCACCACCACUCAGACCUGUGUAACUCAGGCUCAGUUGCCCCGUCAGGAUUUCUAAUGACAAUUCUGUCCUGUGUAAAUUUGAGCAGGCUGUUCUCUUGUUAUGAAGAAGUAUUUUUCUAUGUUAGUGAAAUGUAUACUUUGUGUAAUUUUGUACAUUAAAACAUAUGCUUUUUCAUAAUUAGAGUUUAUUAUUUCCUUUUAGUGUUUGAUGAUGGGUUCAUUACUGAUUGUUGGAAGGCCUGGCCUAAUGUAAAAAGGCAGUAAGUGCAGGAAUCUCCUUUUCCUGGUGGAGAAUAAACUAUUGUGAAUCUAA